GUUUAUAUACCCAUCCUCACUCGCUAACAAGUCCUUGGGUUUUCUAGGGUUUUUAGUUCCUCGCACUCGGUUUGAAGUUCCCUACCUCUUAUCCUUCCUGCGUUUCUACAGCUUGAUUCGUAAAGAUGUUUACGGCAAGGAAGAAGAUCCAUAAGGAUAAUGAUGCUGACCCCUCAGAAUUUGAGGAAUCUGUUGCUCAGGCAUUGUUUGAUUUGGAAAACACCAACUCCGAGCUUAAAAGUGACCUGAAGGACCUUUACAUUAAUUCUGCAAUUCAAGUCGAUGUUUCUGGUAAUCGCAAGGCAGUUGUGGUCUAUGUCCCAUACAGAUUGAGGAAGGCCUUCCGCAAAAUUCACCUGAGGCUUGUUAGAGAGCUUGAAAAGAAAUUCAGUGGAAAGGAUGUGAUUCUGAUUGCUACUAGAAGGAUAUUGAGGCCUCCAAAGAAAGGAUCAGCCGCACAGAGGCCCCGUAGCCGUACCCUCACAUCCGUGCAUGAGGCAAUGCUUGAGGAUGUUGUAUUGCCUGCCGAGAUUGUUGGAAAGCGUGUUAGAUACAGAGUUGAUGGAACAAAGAUAAUGAAGGUCCUCUUGGAUCCUAAAGAACGGAAUAACACCGAAUACAAAUUGGAAAGCUUCGCUGCAGUUUACAGGAAGCUAUCUGGGAAAGACGUAGUUUUUGAGUACCCAAUUACUGAAGCUUAAGACGGACACUCGUGUUGCACACUUUCUCAAAUGUUUAUUCACCAUAGGGUUGCAAUCAGGUGGGCUGUGAUCUUGAACUAUACUUUAUGACAUCGGAUUAAGUUUCUGGUUUUAAUAACGUUCCAUCAACUUUUUAUAUAACUAAAAUCUUGUAUUUGCCGUGCCUCCCUACCAUCAACUCAUAUAUUCAUAUUCACUAUAUUUGAGAACA